AUGGAUGACAGGAAUGCCUCAGCGGUCAACAAAGGUAUAGAGCCAGAAGAGCCGUACAAGGACGGAUCUGAAAAGCAAGCAAAGGAUGUUACUCAAGAAACCGAGAGCGCAGAAACCCCGGGCUCGCAGCCAAACGAUGCUGAAUAUAUCAAGGGACACCCCGUCAUUCGAAACGGCGCCGAUGUCUCCAGGUUCAUCGUCUCUGUGAGAGAUGACAGCGAUCCUGCGUUAACCUUUCGAUCGAUCGUCCUGGGCUCCGCGUUCACUGCGCUUUCGAGCGUGAUUACGAUGCUUUAUACCUUUAAGCCCACGCAGAUGCAGGUGUCGGCAAUCUUCAUGCAGCUUCUUGUGUAUGUGGUUGGACAAGCGUGGGCGUUGCUUACUCCACGCCCAGACAGGUGUCGAUUGAAAUGGCUGCAACGCACACUCCAAUUCCUGAAUUUUGGACAGCCCUUCGGCAUCAAAGAACAUGUCGUUGCGUCUCUCAUUGCUUCAUCUGGUAACAAUGGUCUUUCUGGGGUGGAGGUCUACGCCGUCGAGCGUCUAUUCUACAACAUCAGCGUCUCGGCGACGACUGCAGUGCUGGGAACAUUCUCCAUCUCACUUUGUGGCUUUGUCCUGGCUGGACUUCUGCGGCCACUGAUCGUCUAUCCAGCUGAAAUGGUCUACUGGUCCACGCUUCCGCAGGUGGUCCUCUUUCAGAACCUCCAUUUCGACCAACGGGCCAACCGAGGCCGUUUGAUCAAGUUUGGGUGGGCUCUAGGGCUUGCUGCUGUUUGGGAGAUCUUCCCUGCGUAUAUUAUAACCUGGCUCGGGGGCUUCUCAAUCUUCUGCCUGGCUUCAAUGCGCGCUCCUCAGCAUAUCCGGACUGUCUUUACGACAGUGUUUGGGGGAGCAUCGUCUAACGAGGGCCUGGGUCUGUUGAACUUUGGUCUCGACUGGCAGUACAUCCAGAGCACCUACCUGUCAUUACCUUUGAAGCAGCAACUCAACUCGUGGAUCGGUUACCUGAUCUUUUAUCCGGUGAUGCUUGGUCUCUACUACGGGAAUACAUGGAGCGCAAAGUCAUUCCCGUUCAUGUCAACCUCUCUGUUCAAUAGCAACGGCAAAAAAUUCUCCACCACUUCCAUUCUCAACGACAGAGGCACAAUUGACUACGAGAAGCUGAAGGAAGUGGGCAUCCCGCAUCUCACCUCCAGCACAGUCUGGGGCUACCUCACGCAGAACCUCGCCAUCGGCGCACUGAUCACUCACGUCCUCAUCUUCUACAGCAAGGACAUGCAUAUUGCCUGGAAACAGGCCCGCAGUCGAACCCAGCCCGACCCGCAUUACCAGGCAAUGCUCAAAUACAAGGAAGUCCCGCUGUGGUGGUACCUCGCAUUGUUCGUCCUCGCCUUCUUCGCGGGACUUAUCGUAAACAUCAAGGGUGAAACGACCCUUCCAGCGUGGGGCUACAUCGUCGCCCUCCUCCUCGGCGCAUUCAUCGCCCCAUUCUCCUGCAUCCUGUACGGGCUCUACGGAACCGGCGUCGCGACUAACCAGCUCUCGAAAAUGAUCGCUGGCGCGGUCCAUCCGGGUCGCCCCCUGGCGAACCUCUACUUCGCCAGCUGGUCGCACCAGGUCAUCCUGCUUUCUGUGAAUCUGGCCAACUGGCUCAAGGUGGGUCAGUACACCAAGAUUCCGCACCGGAUCAUGUUCGGCACCCAAGUCUACGGCACGUUGCUAGGGGCCGGGCUCAACUACGCCGUCAUGACGACAAUCGUAUCGAAUCAACGCGCUAUUCUCCUCGACCCGACAGGAAACAGCGUCUGGAGCGGGUCAACAGUGCAGAGUCUGAACUCGCAGGCCAUCACAUGGGCGCUCGCUCGAGACGUCUACGGCGUGAACGGCCCGUAUCUCAUCGUUCCGCUAGGGCUCCUCAUCGGCCUUGCGUUACCAAUCCUGCAUUGGGGUCUUGUCCGGGUCUGCCCGCGCACGCGGUCCUGGCCGCUCAAUACGGCGAUCAUCGCUUCGUUUGCCGGGCAGGUGUAUUACGGCAACACAUCGUGGAUUUGGUCGUCCAUUGCGGUGGGUGUGUUCUCGCAGCUGUGGCUUCGGCGCCGGCUGCCUCGCAUUUACAACCAGUAUAACUACCUCAUUGGGGCGGCGUUGGACGGGGGGUCCCAGAUUGUGAUUUUUAUCCUCUCCUUUGCGGUUUUUGGGGCCAGUGGGAAGGAAAAUCCGUUCCCUACGUGGUGGGGGAAUCCGGCCGGUAAUCCUGAUCAUUGUCUUUAG